AAGCAUUUGUAGCUAACCCUAUUUGCUUUAGCCCUGGAACAAUACACAUGUAAAUCGCGAUGAAAACUAGGAAGCCAGCGGCAAACAAGUCACACUUAUCUCCCAGACGUGAAUAUGCGUAAACUAUAGUCUUGUCUGCAGAAAAUCUCGAGGCAUUUUUAAAAUUAAUCCUAAAAGCAAGUCAGCUAACUACAGUAGCUCGCCUGUAAAUUAGCUGGCUAGCUAACCGGUAAUAGUAUCGGUUUAUAUGGCAAGAUCUAAUGUUAUUCUGUUGGUAUCCUCUCUCAUCCAAGGUUGCUCAUGUUAGCUAGCUAUAUGUUUUUAUCAGUCGGGGUAAGAGUGAUUGGUUUUAGAGUUAGCUAUUUCUUUAAUUUGCAAAUUAUCUGAAAAACCGAGGGGUUAUGUGCAGGGAUGGGUGCUUUUUACUGCUCGGUGUGCCGGCAAACGUUUUUUUCCGGAAAAAAACACAUCUAUGGGAAAAGUCACCAGAGUAAACUUAAAGUCAUUCUCGUCAAAUUUCUGGAGAAGGUGAAAGAAGCGCGCCGGACGAUCAGAAGCCCGCAAGUGGUGAAAUUCAGCUGCAUCGAACACGACCGCAACUUCUGGUGUUAUUGCUGCGGGCAAGAAGUGCAGAAACACGUUUCCAGUGGCAACUUCACAGUGAUGUUCGGAGGCCUGCUUGAGCACAUGGCCACCCCAGAGCACAGGAAGAUGAUGAACCAGUUCUGGUGGGAGAAUAAGGCAGACCCUAAACUGAAAGAGAAGUUUUUGAUUACUGCUGAGGAAACUGAAAGGUUUAAAGUUGAGGUGGCUAAAGCUCUUGAUGGCUUUGAAGAGAGUGAAGACAUGCUCAUAAAACAGCAAGCUGCCCAUAUUCGAGCUCAGGAGCAACACAGACUGGAAGUCCUACAGUCCUUUUUAGAGCCUGAGCCAGAGCAGGAUCUUCCCAGUGGACAAGGCCAGCAUGCAUCAGAUGUGACUGAAACCAGCUCUCAUUGCAGGCCUCAGGAACCACAGCAACAAGCUGGUCCCAGCUGGAUUGACCCAAUGGAGGAGAGUCGGGGGCCAGGCCCUGGCAACAGCUUAACCUUCAUUGGAUACCAGGACUCCUCUGAUGGUGGAAAUGUGCAUACUGGUAACACGGCUUCAGAUCCAUCCAGAUAUUUACAUACUGUACACCAUGUCUAUAUUUGCCUGUACCCUGUAUCUUUUGGGACCAAUCCCAUUGUAUUGAAUGUGGACCCAGGUGCUGUCCCGCCAUGGUUACAGGACGACCCGCUGGAGGGGGGCUCUGAAAGUGCCCAACGAGAGAUUGGGCCGACUCACCAGGACUUCCUGAAACAGAAGGAACAGGAGAGACUGAGGAGGCUGCCAGUGAACCGUGUAGGGGCCAACUUCGACCACAGCUCCCAGACAGAUGCCAACUGGCUGCCCUCCUUUGGCCGGGUCUGGAACAGUGGCAGGCGUUGGCAGUCCAGGCACCAGUUUAGAGAGGAGGAAGGACAGACAAGCCGACAGAAAAGGAAAAGGGAGCACCAGGGAGGGGAGAAGAAACCACGCCUACAGGACCAGCCUUGAAUGUAUUCACUGGGAGAGUCACCAAGAGUGUAGUGCAGAGAGCAUGGCUGUAAAUAUGAUUGCCUCACAGAUGUCACAAAUGCAUGGCCCUGCUUAGUCAGCAAGUCAAAGUCAAAGUGACUUUUUUUCAGACUGACAUCUCCAUACCAAGGACAAUUUGAAUCAAGGACUCAAGUAUUGACAUUUUAUUUUUCAUACAAAUUCCAUAUGUAAUA